UACCUCACUUUCUUUAUUUUGAUUUUUCGAAUCUUCUUACACCCUCUUGUCCGCAUAAAUACUAAGAACCUCGGGCAUUUGCUUUUCCAUAAAACCUUUCUUCCAUUAUUCUUCAAGAUCCUGCAUACCUCAUCGCCAAUGGCGACCUUCUCCAAACCCCAAUUGAAUAACUCUCAUUCUUCAACGGAAAGCUCCAAUUUUGAAACGUCAGACAACCAACCCAUGUCGCACGACUGGUAUUCCGAAGACACCGGAGUAUACAACAGCAGACACCCACGAAUUAACCUCCCUUCAGACCCAUUUCUCGAUGUCGUUUCCUGCGUAUUCUCACACAAACACAACGGAAAAACUGCACUCAUUGAUGCAGCAUCCGGGGUUUCAAUUUCGUACGCAGAACUCCAACCGUUGGUGAAAUCAAUGGCUAAUGGACUUCACCAUCAGAUGGGUGUUUCAAAAGGUGAUGUCGUUUUGAUCCUUUUACCAAAUUCGAUCUACUAUCCCAUUGUUUUAUUGGGUGUUCUAUAUCUAGGAGCUGUCGUAAGUACCAUGAAUCCGUUCAGUAGUUUCUCUGAGAUAAAAAAACAAACACUUGGUUGUCAUGUCACUUUAGCCUUUACCUUUCCUGAUAAAGCCGACGAAUUAAACUCGAUAGGAAUCGAAUCUAUCCUAGUGCCUGAAACUGCAAAAUUCGAUUCAAACCAAAUUCGUUUUGCGCCUUUUUUCAAUCUAAUUUCAAGUGAUCACGAUUUGGUUCCACGUCGAACAGUUAAGCAAGAUGACACCGCUGCGAUUCUUUAUUCAUCAGGAACUACCGGCGCAAGUAAAGGCGUAGUUUUAACUCAUAGAAAUUUGAUUUCUGGGGUUGAGCUUUUUGUUCGAUUUGAAGCUUCCCAAUAUGCGUAUCCCCCUGAAGACAACGUGUAUUUAGCUGUUGUACCCAUGUUUCAUAUCUAUGGACUUACGCUUUUCACUAUGGGGAUUCUUUCAUUGGGUACGACGAUUGUUGUUAUGAGAAAGUUUAGUGUUGAUGAAAUGGUGAGGUCCAUUGAUAGAUAUGGAGUCACUCAUUUUCCCGGAGUGCCCCCAUUGGUGACUGCGUUGAGUAGGAUGGGAAAGGGUAGUUCUGGUAAAAGUAAAACCUUGAAGAGCUUAAAGCAGGUGUCUUGUGGAGCUGCUCCUUUGAGCACAAAAACCAUAGAGGAGUUUAUGCAAUAUUUUCCUCAAGUCGAUUUCAUUCAGGGUUAUGGCAUGAGUGAAUCGACUGCUGUGGGAACACGUGGAUUCAACACACGAGAUGUUCAUAAUUAUGCAUCGGCUGGACUUUUGGCUCCAAAUAUGGAAGCUAAAGUGGUGGAUUGGGUUACGGGUUUACAUCUGCCACCUGGAAAAACCGGUGAACUUUGGUUACGUGGGCCCGCCAUAAUGAAAGAAUACCUGAACAAUGUGGAGGCGACUUCUUUGACUAUUGAUAAGGAAGGUUGGCUACAUACAGGAGACAUUGUCUAUUUUGAUAAAGAUGGGUAUUUACAUAUUGUUGAUCGUUUGAAAGAGAUAAUAAAGUACAAAGGGUUUCAGAUUGCUCCUGCUGAUUUAGAGGAUGUUCUUGCAUCUCAUCCAGCCAUUCUUGAUGCUGCAGUAACAGGAGCUAGAGAUGAGGAAGCAGGAGAAGUUCCAGUUGCAUUUGUAGUGAGGAAGCCUGGAUUUGAAGUUACUGAAUCGAGCAUAAUUGAUUUUGUAGCAAAACAGGUGGCGCCAUACAAGAAGGUGAGAAAAGUUAUGUUCAUGAACGUGAUACCAAGGUCUGCAGCUGGAAAGAUACUAAGGAGGCAAUUGAAGGACAAGUUAUAUUCGAGAAUUUGAUGAA